AUGCAACCCAGCCGCGCUCCGGCGGCUCUCGGCGUCACGGCGGAGAGCAGCAUUCCAGCCGGGCUGCGCCUGGGUCCCGUGUCCGGCACCUUCAAACUGGGCAAGUACCUGUCCGAUCGCAGGGAGCCGGGACCCAAGAAAAAGGUGCGGAUGGUGAGAGGGGAACUGGUGGACGAAGCCGGAGGCUCCGCUGUGGAGUGGAUAGGGUUAAUCCGGGCUGCCAGACACUCCCAAGAACAGACCUUGGAAGCUCUUGCAGAUCUACCGGGCGGACAGAUUUUCUACCGGGCUCUGAGAGAUGUCCAGCCGGGAGAGGAGCUGACCGUGUGGUAUUCCAACUCCUUGGCCCAGUGGUUUGACAUCCCGACCACGGCGACGCCGACGCACGACGAAAAAGGUGAGGAGCGCUACAUAUGCUGGUAUUGCUGGCGAACCUUCAAGUACCCCAACAGCCUCAAGGCCCACGUGCACUUCCACUGCGUGUUGAACAACGGCCGAGGCUUCCUGGGUCCGCCGGAGCACGCCAGGCCGGCGGAACUGUUCAGCCUGGCCCUGAAGCCCGCAGCCGCGCCGGCGCCCUUGCGGCCCACCUGCCCUGGCGGGGCCCGGGAGAGCAUCAAGCGGGAAUCCUUGGGCUCGCCGCCGUUGGCCAAAGCGGGCGGAGGCGGGCGCAAGGCGGCCAAAGAGGAGCAGGAGCGAGCCUUAGACAUGAGCAUCAGCGCGGCGCGGGGCCCGGGGCAGUUCUUGGGCCUGCUGGGCAGCGCCUCCGGCGGGAGCAACGGCUUGUCUUUGUACCCCGGGGUGAGGUCGGCCUUCAAGCCCGCCGGCUUAGCGAAAGCCAGCCAAGCUGACUCGGCUGCUUUCCGGGAAGAGGGCAAAGGCAGCGGCUUCAGCAAGCUUUUGGGAAACCUCAAGACCAGCCGUUCCGGCAGCGAAGGGGCGCUGGGCGUGGGCGGCGGCCCCCAUAGCCACAGCUCCCCGCAGCAGCAGCAGCAGCACCACCACCACGCCGCUCCGCCUCACCACCCGCACCACCACGCCAAAUGCCACGUGGCUUCCGCACCGCCUCCUUCAGCCGCGGCGGCGGCGGCGGCAGCAGCGGCGGCGGCGGGCCUGGCUUACUCUGGGGGCGUGAGAGGCUUCCCGCUCCUUUCGCACUUCGAGGAGACCUCCGCCUUCAAGCACGUGGAGCGGGGCCUCCACGCCAGCCUCUCGCCUCCCGCCGGCCGCUAUCCUCCGCUCGCCAGCGGGGCUGCCGGACUCCACCUGGAGCGCUUCGCCGCCCUGCCGCCCUUCGAAGGGCUCAAGCCCUACUCCGCCUCCUCAGGGGAAUGUAACCUGCCGCCUUUCAUGCCUUUCACCGUCUACAAUGGCGAGCUGCUCUACAGCGCCCCCUACUACCCGCUCAAGCUCCACUUCGGCAACCUCCUCAAGUACCCGGAGUCGGUGUCGUACUUCAAUGGGGCCGCCGCCGCAGCAGCUGCUGCCGCGGCGGCGGCGGCGGCGGCGGCAGGGCUCAACCCGGCCGAGCUGGGCUCCUUGGCCAGCAUCGACCGCGAGAUCGCCAUGCACACGCAGCAGCUGUCGGAGAUCGCGGCGGCCGAGAAGAGCCGCAGCCGCCUGGAGAGCUUGCAGCCGGCGCCACCGGGCCCGGCCAGCGGCAAGCCCAAGACCGGCCACCUGUGCCUCUACUGCGGCAAGCUGUACUCGCGCAAGUACGGCCUGAAGAUCCACAUGCGGACUCACACCGGCUACAAGCCGCUCAAGUGCAAGGUCUGCCUGCGGCCCUUCGGCGACCCCAGCAACCUCAACAAGCACAUCCGCCUCCACGCCGAGGGCAACACCCCGUACCGCUGCGAGUUCUGCGGCAAAGUGCUGGUCAGGCGCAGGGACCUGGAGAGGCACGUCAAGUCCCGGCACCCGGGCCAGAGCUUGCCCAAAGGCGGCGGCGGCGGCGGCGGCAGCGGCGCGGAGGACAGGAGCAGUGCCGUGGCCGCUGCCGACCCAAAGACGGACAACGAGAGCGACGUCGACGUCUGCUUCACGGACGAUCAAAGCGACCAGGACACGGGCAGCAGCAGCGGCGGCGGCGGCAGAGCCGAAGAGCAGCAAUAA